AUGAACCACUACCAGAAUGCCUACGUGAACUAUACGGACGAGUAUUUCAAGUUACUACCCAAGCCGCAGGUCCUAUAUCCUGAGAGCAGCAACGGCGCGGAGAAAGGACCGUCUUAUAUUCUCUGUCCUUGUCCGACAUGGUUGGACGAUGCUCCGAUCAUUGCAGUCUCCGGCAGGUCUAGCAUCAUAUGGCAAAUUAUGGAUCAGGGGUUUUUCACGGUCUAUCUCUACAUCCACAGGAAGAAGACCCUCGGUUCCAAGCGCCCGUCACAAGAAGUCUGGGCAUGUGAUCAACUGCAACGCUUCUGCCCCAAGGCUGUCGCUUCUAUCGAGGGAUUCUAUCGUACUGGGCAUCUUCGAGCACAAGAGCUCAUCGCCCAGGACAUAAACGUGUUGGCAAUCGAUCUGACCAACAGCUUUAAAGCAGACUGGUCCCAAAUUCAAGGCGCGCGGCUUGACGGGCUUGAAGGCGCCAUCGAAGCUCAUAAGCGCAUGUUAACCAUCCUUUCUAACUGGGCGGCAUCCGAGCACGUAUGGGUAGACGUUAAACUGACUGCCAACGUCGCGGCUCAGGGUCUGCGCGACCGCGCGAAGUGGUAUCGGGCUGCCUACGAGACUGUUCAAGUGGCUACCAAGCAUUUGAAGGAUCUACAACUACGGGCCUCGUAG